AUGGCUUCCUCUCAGCCGACCUCACCUGUCCGAAGCCCCUCCCCAGACAGGUUCGAGCUUUCACCGAACUCCAAGCUCAAGAAGCUAUUGGCGGCUGUGGACAGCGAUUCAGAUGAUGGCCAUAAUCGAGCUGCCACGACAACACCUCAAUUUGCUCAACGUGCAUCCCCUACAGCCAGCAAUCGAAGCAAUGACGCGCCGGAGCGCGACUCGAGUGACGACGAUGUCCACCCCCGAGGUCGGAUCGCCUCUCGGAUGCAAAACGGUCAAAACGACGCGAGAGCACGCGUGAGGGAAUUGCUACAGAAUGCGGACGCGAAACAGAGCCGGGGAGGCUCUGCUGAUGUGGUGAUGGCAGACACGGCCUCCGGUCUGGGACAGGGAAGCGAGGAUGACAUAUUUCGGCCACGAGGUCGACUCGCGUCUCGUAUGCAAGGCGGUGACAAGAAGACUGAGGAGAACACAGACUCGAGCCCAAAGAAAUCGGCUAAGGAGGCCAUGGCCACGAAUCACCCCUCAAAUGACCCCGAGGAUAUCCAGAUGGCGGAUGGUGGUGCAGAUGAUGAGCAGGAGGACGACACCCCGGCGAAGCCAAGAAAACUCAAGCAGAGACAAAGAAGAAGCAAGACCCCAGAGUCUGAUAUCGCAACACCUCAAAAGGAGGCGUCACCUGGACUUUUCGUCACUCCAUCCAAAUCACCGACCUCAGCUCAGCCAUCAAGUCAGGCUGAGGGCUCGGGGAGUGAAGAUGAUGUCCCAGCUCUCAAGAGCAACCGCUUCCAGGCCCUGGUCGAGAAGAAGCGGAAAGAACGCCUAGCCCGCGAGGCCGAAGAAGCCCGGAAGAGGGAAGCCCGCGCUGCGGCAGCCGCGGAGCUCGGCGACGAUAACGAUGAUGAUGUCUCGGACAUCUCGGACGACGAAGGCGGCCGCAAACUGACGCAGACGCAAAAAGCGAAAGCUCGCCCAUCGCGGAAGGCCAGCAAGAAGGCUCUGGAGGAGAUGAAUCGCGAGACGCAACGUAUGCAGCGUGCCAUGCAGCUUGCUCAUGAGGCGAAAACCAAAAAGAAAAUUACGAAAGCGACACUAUUCGAGCGGUUCAACUUCAACCCUGGUGGAAAUGCAAUGAAGGAGAAGCUGCAGAGCUCCAGACGACCUCAGACACCUGGCUCUGCGAAGAGCACGGACGCAGAGAUGCGAGAUCCCGAAACACCUCCCAGCUCACCUCCUGCACGGGUCGAAGAUGUGCUCGGAAAGGAUCUGGCGGGCCUGCAGACGCAGGGCGGUGUCUCUGCUCCACAGCUGACCAGUGCUGAGGUCGAGGGGCAAACCGAGAAAGACAAGGACGACUUCCCCGACCUCUUGGACGACAUGCAAGCUUUUGCUCGCAAACCUGUCGACAAGAGCAAAGGCAAGGCCGAAACACCAGAGCUUGACAUUAAACCGCUAUCGAAGCGGCAGGUUCGAAUAAAGCUUCCACCAAUGCAAUCGAACAGAGUUGAACUUGGCCCUGGAAAUAAUAACGAUGGGGACGACGAUGACCUCGUCAUCCUCGAUGCAAAGAGGAGCAAGCUCGACGCCUUGUUCGAGCGCGCUCCAACAGAUAAGAGCAAAGAAUCGCGUUCGCUCUAUGCUCUCCGACAACUCGCUCAUCUCGACUCUCCAGAGCGCAAGGCGCACAAGAAAUCUGGCAAAGCUGCCAUGACUUCUGGCGAGCUGCUUGCUUUCCUCAACCAGCGCGCCCGCGAUCAGGCCAGGCUUGAGAAGGAACGGCGCAUGGAAAUGCUCAAGGCAAAGGGCAUCCAUGUCCAGACAGAAGAAGAGCGUGAGCGUGAUCGAGAGCAGAUUGAAGAUAUGGUGGCCCGCGCAAGACGUGAGGCCGAGGAGAUCAUGGCCCGCGAGAGGGAGGACGCAAAGAAGGAGAAGCGCGCCUCCGGGAAAGCUGACCCGCUGGCUUGGGAUGACAGUGGCAGCGAUGAUGACUACGUCGAGGGAGAAGAAGAGCAAAUCUCUGCCGAGGUGGAAUUGUCCGGGUCAGAAGAGGAAGAAGAAGACGAGCAAAUGGUCCUCGGUGACGACGAUGAUGAGCAAGAGGACGAUAAUGAAGAACGAGGACGCCUCAAGCAGGAAUCUGCUGCUCUAGGUUUCGUCGACGACGAUGCAGAAGAUGGUAGUGCAAGCGAGAUUUCUGCAAGCGAUCGGUCCUUCGUCGAUCCGGACGAGGAGGAAGAGAGGCACCGGUGGGGAGCGUCUGACGAAGAAGCGGAUAAGGCACCAGCCUUUGUUCAAGCUCGCCGACCGAAGAGGCCUACCGCCAUCAUUUCCGAUGACGAAGAUGAAUUGGAUAUUGAGGCCACGCCAAAGCCAAAGGCUCACUCUGUUACUUUCACACCUGCGCCCAAACCGAAAGCUGCCGCAUUUACUCCGGCUCCGAACAGCGAUUCUCCUGAAGUACCAACGUCGGUAUUGAGGUCUGCCAACAAAACCUUCAUUCCUGGGCUACCUGUGAACGCCGGGGGUCCCGCAGGUCUCGGACUGACGCAGAUAUUUGCCGGCACUAUGGACAGCCAGGCAAUGCCAUUCGAAGGCUCUCCAUCGCAACCCAUGCCCACAUUCGACAACUUCCCUGACUCGCAAUUCUCACAAAGGGCCACUGAUUCUGCGGAUGGCAUGGUCCUCGAUAGCCAACCGGUCUCAGCCACGCAGCAGGAUGAGACACAGGUUGGGGAUAAGGAGUCACAGAUCCAGUUCAACUUCACGCAAUCCCAAACGCACGGCCUGGACAGUCUUCUUAGGGAUGAUAUCAUGACGCAGACGUCCGAUUUUAUGAACCCUACCCAAGAUGAUGGUUUCCAAGACUGGACGCCUCUCAAAGAGAGAUUUGUAGAGCCACCAUCGGCGACUGCGGACACUGUCGCUCAUGAUCCGAGCCAGGUUGAGGAUAUAUCACAUCAAUCCCCUCUUCUGCAGAAACGGGGCCGACUCCGUAGGAAGGCUGUCGUUGCCUCAGACUCUGAGGACGAGGCCAACGAAACUAAUUCCGCCACCAAACCCAGCGCCUUCAAUGUCCUGCAAGACGCUGCUGCCAAAGAAAAGAAGCGGAAGGCCAGGGAGGAGUUCAUCAAGAAGAACAGCAAGGCUAAGGAGAUGGUAGAAGAGCAAGCACAGGAGUCCGAGGACGAGUACGCCGGGUUAGGUGGCGUGGAUGGCGAGGACAGCGACGAUGAUGAUGCUGCCUCUGUCCAUGAAAUGAUCGACGACCACACUCAGGGCAAUCAGGCAGACGAUAUCAACCUGGCUAAGUUCUAUGCUGACCGUGCCCGAGCCGAGGAUGAAAAACAAGUCGACAAACUUUUCAAAGACAUCACAACUGGCAUGCUCCGCCGGAAACGUGGCGCGGGAGAGUUUGACCUUGACGAUGAAGACGAUGGCGGCGAGGCCCGUCGACGCAUGAAGAGGCGGCAGUUCGCCAAGAUGCAGAAGGCCCUCUUCGCGGACGAACGUAUUUCCAAAGUUGCUGAGAACCCACGUAAUCAGGCGUUCAUGCGCACCAUUGAAGAUAUUGGCAGUGAUGAGGAAAUGGACUUCCUGUACGAGCCAGCUCCCGAUGACAACAAAGACAGCCAAGAGGGUUCACAGGACAACCAAGCACCAAAAUCUGCCUCUGUUGUACCGGACAGCCAGCCAGUAGCUGCUGGUAAUAUGAAUGCCCCUGCAAGGAGGGCGCCGGCGGCUGAUAGGCGACCGAAGACUGGCAAGAAGCCUUCUGAUAUUGGCGAGAUCCGCGAGACUCUGUCCAAUCUCCUGGACGAGCCUAGUGGUAACUCAAUCAUCUCAGCCACUGAGUUCGGGUCUGACAGCGAGGACGAUGGCGGUGACGAGGAAGACGGUGAAUCCUCGAACAAGGAAAAUACCAACCCGCGCCGCGGCCGCACCCAGCACGCCGGCCAGGUAGUGGACCGUAUCAGCCUCAAGCGGCAGGGCUCCUCCAAUGUCUCCACCACAUCCAAUGGCGGGCGCAUGGCUUUCGCUGCGCCCAACUCUAGCAGUGCAGGCUUCAAGGUGCCUGCGCUGCUGCGCCGCGCGACGACCAACUCCCUGAUAUCCACGGGUUCUAGCGCGUCCGGCAAGGGCGCGGCUGCCUCCAAUGGCGGCAGUGCGGGCGGGUUCGGCGACGACGCCAAGAUCAAGAGCAAGGCGGGCAAGAAGAGCGGCAUCAGCUACCUCGCGCGGGAGAACGACCGCCGCAAGGCGAUCGACGAGGCCGAGAAGCGCCGAGAGCAGAAGAAGUUCCGCGCUGUGGAGGGGCGUAGCAAGGUUGUCGGUGGGCUUUUUGGAGCUGGCAAGUUUGAGUAA